GUGAUUUUAAGAUACAUGUGCAACUGAUGUUGUCGCUCAUUAGUAUAUAAGGCCCUGCAGUGCUAUAGCAAACAUCUUUGACUGACUGAAAUCCGCUGCGUAAUGUCUCUUCUCACCAUCACUCUCAUCAGCAGCAUUCUCCUAAGCCUGUUUCCACACACUCCAGCAGCAUAUGGGCCGCUGAACUAUGCCUGCUGUGUGAAAUACACUCGAAAUCCUCUGCCCUUAAGAGUGAUCAAGGGAUUCAUUGAGCAGAGCUCCCGCGAGGUGUGUCGCAUAAAUGCCAUCAUUUUUUUCACCAAGAACAAGAAGAAGGUAUGCGCGAGUGUCGAGGAUCAGUGGGUGAGAGCAGCGCUUGCACAUCUGAGGUCCAAAAUAAAUAAACUGACAGUAAAGGGAGCUCCACGUCUCACCACUGGACUGAAACAGUUGAUUCACACAACCACCAAAAGCCCAUGAAGCUCUUGCAAAUCAUGUGGCUUUAAACAUAACAUAUGCUGGAAGAUUCCAUUAAUUACUGAUGCUUAUCAUCACAGUUCAUGCUUUAAAUUCUAUUCUGAUUAUAUCCUUAACAAUAAAUAGAAAAACUGUUUUAUACUAA